AUGGCUUCGCCUCCGAGUGCCAGUUCAGAUCGCCUGGAGCCCGAGGAGGAGGCGGAGGCAGAUUCGGCUGAAGUGGCGGCACAGGCGGCGGCACAGACUUUGGAGAACCGGAAGCUGCGACGCGAGCUGGAAAGUCUCCGAGCACUGGCUCAGUGGCAGCAGAGCGAGGUCGGAGCCGUUCUGGCAUGUCGUCCUGGCGACUUAACCCGGCCACACGAAGAGCCGCCCGUCUCGCAAGGGCAGCAGGUGGCUGGUUCUUCUCGGCCCAGAGGAUCGCUGGUGAUGGCUGCCUUAGCCGGCGAAGCUCUGCUGGAAAGAGCAGAACGUGAUGGAGCUUUGCAGGCACCGGCUGGCGAAGGCAUGGACGGCACAGGACGACCUUCGGGUUGGCGUCCAGAAUCGUGCGGCCAGGACGCAGCAACGCUGCACUUUCGGCAACAGGGUCUGCGAAACGGCAUUCAGGAGCGGCCAGUGCAGUUUCCAAAUAUGCCACGGUUGCCCAGUUUGCCCCAGCGCCUCUUGCACUACACUUUGCAUAUGCCUAUCACAUGCAGGUUUUGUUUCAGACAUGUGAAUCAAUUCCGACAAAGGAAGUUGCAGAGUGGUAGUCAGUGGUAG